AAGAAACCAGGUGAAGAACUCUAAAUCGAUUCCAAAACGACACCUUUUCGUAGUUCCUGCUGCUCGGAUAAAGGGUCCAGGGAAGGGCCCGACCACAAGGAUCUAUUGUACGCAGCCUUACCUUGCAUUUCUGCCAGAGGCUGUUUCCAAGCCUUAAUCAAGAAAAUAUAUAUCAAAAAAUUUCGGUUGAUUUAUGAUAUUUAAGGAUUUCUCGUUCUUGCCUGAAUCUGUGUGGCUUCUUAACUCCUCCAUUCGCCGGAGCAGAUUUUGCAGACAAUUGCUGCCAUUGGACUUACGGUCAGUUUUCUUUGUACGAGCCAUUGAGUAUCUAAGAUUCAAAAGGGUUGUUUGUACCAAUUUGAGUCCUAUUAACUGAGAAGCAUCACUGUCGAAUUGGGGGAUUUUCGGUGAAAAUGUACUGCUCACCUUUAAAACAGACUCCUUAUCCAUCUGCUCAUUUUCUUUCUCCACACACUUGUAAAUAUCAACCAAAAGAAUUGAUUUUUGCUUCAACAACAUAUGUUGGGUUUUGUAAAGCAAGCAAAAGGGUGUCCAUUUCUCUAAUUAAUUUUCCAAACGGAGAAAAGGAAUCAGUUUCUACUUCGAGACUAAAUUAUGGGUUCCGUCGUGCAACCAGAAGGGUGUCUUUUUCACUCACUAGCUUGGGAAAUGGUGUAAUGUCACAGGAUGAUGGGUUUUAUAUAAGAAGGUGUGUGGAGAUUGCUAGGAAAGCAGUCGGGCAUACCAGUCCUAAUCCUAUGGUUGGCUGUGUAAUUAUUAAGGAUGGGAAGAUUGUUGGUGAAGGUUUUCACCCAAAAGCUGGCCAGCCACAUGCUGAGGUUUUUGCACUCCGAGAAGCUGGUGAUUUAGCAGAAAACGCAACAGCCUUUGUGAGCUUGGAGCCAUGUAAUCAUUAUGGAAGAACUCCUCCAUGCACUGAGGCAUUAAUCAAGGCCAAAGUGAAAAAGGUGGUUGUCGGGAUGGUGGAUCCAAAUCCUAUUGUAGCUUCAACUGGUGUAAGUAGAUUAAGAGAUGCAGGAAUUGAAGUGAUCACAGGUGUUGAGGAAGAACUCUGCAGGAAGCUUAAUGAAGUUUAUAUACAUCAAAUGUUGACCGGAAAGCCAUUUGUCACACUCAGGUAUUCUCUCUCAGUUGAUGGUGAUCUCUCGGAUCAGCUUGGUGCAGAAGUCACGGAGUCUGCUGGAUACUACUCAAAAUUGUUACAAGAAUAUGAUGCAGUUGUUGUUUCUUCCUUCUUGCUGUCAACGAAGCACUCUGUUCUUUCAUCUAAAGAAGCAGGAGCAAAGCAACCUCUUCAGAUAGUAUUAGCAAAAAGUUCAGGUUCACUACAACUCCCUGUUACAACGGCAUCAUCUAAAACUAUAAUCUUCAGUGAUGAGGAGAUUGUUGUGGAGCCUGAAGCAAGUCAAAGAGGGAUAGAGACAGUAGUUCUGGAUAGGAUGAAUUUAACAGCUAUCCUUGAACAUUGCAAGCAUCAAGGACUAUGCAGUGUGAUGCUGGACUUGAGAGGAAACUCCGCAGAAUUUGAGGAAAUCCUGCAAGAAGGUUUAGAACAGAAUUUGUUUCAGAAGGUAAUUGUGGAAGUGCUGCCAGUUUUAGGUGCAAGUUGUAGAGAGGCUUUCAAAUAUAUGCGGCAAAACCGAAGGCUGAAGAGUUUAACAUCGAGGACCUUAAGCGAAAGUAUUCUGCUGGAAGGAUAUUUCUAAGUAUGGUGAUCAUACAAGGGUAUCUUCCGCUUAUCACUGAAAGCUGCAACAAAUCUACAAGCAUAUCAAAGUUACAUUCCUGCCUCUAAAAGAGGAAACUUGAUUUCUGGACCAAAUCUACUUUAUUCAUGUCACUUGGCACUAUACUGAAAGGUCCAUGGUAAGAUCAAGCUUCUCUUGUCAAUGUUGUAGAAUUGACUCUGCUUUGUACUAGAGUCUUAGCCCAUUCAAGUUUUAAGACAAACACGUAAUGUUGCUUUCCAUUGUUGCAUUUCAAUUGACAAUAAAGAUGUCUGUGCAUUUUGAUCUUCGCUUUCGUUUGAUCAUGUGGUGAACUUGUUAA